GAUAAUUCUAUGUCUCGGCUUCUGGCAUCGCAAGCAUAGCAGAGCCCAUCACACCACUGUCACCACCACAGCAAACAGAGAGCUUCCUUCAAUGGCAAUUUCUUCAUUCUCUGCAUCUUUAGUUCCUUCCAUCCCACUGUCAAAUUCUUCUCCAUUUAAUUCGAAGCCAGCUCUCUCUUAUGUUCCUUUCUACGCUGCUAAAACCUUAAAGGUUCAAGCCUUUAAACCCUCACUUUCAUCGACUAGGGUUUAUGCUACUCCUGAAGUUCUGGAGUCCCCAGAAGCCCUAGACCCACCUCCAGAAAUCCUAGAUGGUUCUGAGCCUACAAGCUUUGAGGUUGGAGGUUCCGAGACUCCCAGCACGUCAUCGCUCAGUAUCGGUGCAGAUUCAGACAAGAUGGCACCAAAGCAGAAAAUUAGAAUUAAACUUAGAUCAUACUGGGUGAAGUUAAUAGAGGACUCCUGCAAGCAGAUAAUGGAUGCUGCAAGGACUACCAAUGCAAAAACUAUGGGUCCUGUUCCAUUACCAACCAAGAAGAGAAUCUAUUGUGUUCUCAAAUCACCGCAUGUGCACAAGGAUGCCAGGUUCCAUUUUGAGAUCCGGACCCACCAGCGCCUCAUUGAUAUUCUUUAUCCAACUGCACAAACAAUUGAUUCUCUGAUGCAACUUGAUCUUCCUGCUGGUGUUGAUGUGGAGGUCAAGCUCUGAAGAAACAAUACUACAUCUCAGGUACUGGAUUGCUUCCUAGAGCAAAUCUAUAUCUCUCCUGAAGAUUUUCAUCGUCAAGAUUUGCUUGCAGAGAGAGGGGUGACCGCUAAAGAAGCACAUCGAACUGUUGAACCUUUUCCCACAAGUUUCUUUUGAUCCCAGAACAUUGUCCAAAUGGAAAAUGGGAGUUAUUUAUUAAAUAUCCUUUCUUUUAUUAGGGAAUUUGGCCGCCUUUAUAAAGAUUAACGGGUACUCUUUAA